AUGGGAGCCACAAUGAACUCUGAAAUUGCUGACUACUACUUCCUUGCCGGACAGCCCUCCCCACCUCUCAGUUACACGGGCAGCUUCUUCAUCAAGACCGAACAGUGUCAAGACCAAGAGUCCCUCUUCAACCUGAUGUCUGGGAUUCUGGGCCUCUCCCCAUUCUCUGAAGGCCACCAAAGACAACAGCUGGAUGCCACCCACAGUGUCCCCGAGGCUAUCCAGAACCACCUGGACCUCUAUUCCACCUGCCAACCGGAGCUGAACAUCUCGGUGCAGCCAUCAUUAGCGGAUCAUGGCUAUCCCAACUUCUCCAGCCCAGAGGGCAUCCAAACAUCCCCUCAAGUGGGCGACUCGUCCCAAUGCCUAUUUAACAAUAAACUGUUGGACAGUAAACAGGAUAUCAAACUUUCCUCCCUCUCUCCCUCUCUGGAGAAGUUCAAAGCUUCCUGUUCCCAUUGGGAUCCUCUCCGCCAGUCUCAGAAUUAUUUGCCCACGCAGUAUCCCUCUCCGGAGACUUUUCAUUCCAUAGAACCAGGCCAAACUAUCCAGCUGGCAUCAAAGACGGAAAACGCCCUGUCUGUCAGCUGCCAGUUGGAACUGGGCAGCCUCUCAGGACAGGCAGGGACCUUUGGGCACAGUCUAGACUUCAGCUGCCAGCCGGAUCCCUUCCCCGGCCAUACCCAACUCCCCAGUGACUUUGUAGAGGCCAAGAUCCCCAACCUGUCGCCUCAGCUCAUCCAGGAAUUUGAAUCUUCCUUGAGUCAGCCGGAGGUCAUGCCAAACUUGAUGAACCCCAUUGAACAGAGGCUGCAUGCCAACCAUUCCCCAUCGCUGAUCCCCAUGACGGACUUUAACCUCACCCUGUCCGCUGCCCCCUCGGCCAGCACUUUAGGGCCCAGCCAUCCCACCGCCCCGGCAGAGCCAAAGAAGAAGCCGCGCCGAGGGAAGUGUUCUUCCAAAUGCUUCUGCUCCAGACCCCAUGAGAAAGCCUUUGCCUGCCCGGUGGAGAGCUGCAUCCGGAGCUUUGCAAGAUCCGACGAGCUGAACAGGCACCUCCGCAUCCACACGGGACACAAACCCUUCCAGUGUCGCAUCUGCCUGAGGAACUUCAGCCGCAGUGACCACCUGACCACUCACAUUAGGACCCACACGGGAGAAAAGCCCUUCUCCUGCGACGACUGUGGCCGCCGGUUUGCCCGGAGCGACGAGAAGAAGAGGCACAGCAAGGUCCACCAGAAGCAGAAAGCCCGGGCGGAGGAGAAGCUAAAGGGGCUCGGGUUGUACUCUAUGGGGCUGUCGUUUGGGACUCUCUGA